UUUGUCGAUAAUGAUACAUUGCUGGCUAUUGGUUCUGCUAUGGCUGCCGAUGCCCUAAACGGAACAAGUACGCCCUCGGCCGCUGCUGGUGCUGCGGCAAUCCCACGAAAGUCUGCGGACGACCAGAUUUCUGUCGCGCCAAGUAUGCACCCGCGUACCAGGUCCUCGACAGAAAUGGCGCGAGAACAUGGGUCCCACAGAACGAAGACCGCCCUCCGGCGUGCCGGACGUUCAACACGCAGAUCUGUGUCGAAGACUGCCCAGCAGAGCUGCACUGGUGCAGCCUGUGCGAGUCUUACGAGCAUGGCGCGCAGGACUGCGAUCGCGACUUUCUGCAUCUGGGUCACGGUCUGUUUCGGACCCGCUCGGUGGCUGAAGCGAUCGCUAAGCCUGCUGGCAAUGGCGAAGGAAGGCGUCGUCGUGGUCGCGGCGCAAGGUCUGAUCUUCCUCCUCCCUACUAGGCGGCGGCAGUAUAGCAAGUUCUACGCGUUCUCACCCCUCUGUGUCUUGUCUGCAUUUUCUGGACGGUCGUAGUCUAUGUCUCGUGUUCUCGAAUUGGACCGUCUUCGCGCUGUUACUGUACGACAUGUUGUCUUUCUCCGACCGUAUGGCGAGCCAUCACCAUCCUCCCUUGCACGCAGCAACCCUCCUUUCGACCCUCGCGCUCUUCGAUCUUUCUCUCGAAUAGGCUGAAUGUAAAACGCUGUCUCCUUGGUCUCGGUC